UUUAAUACUUAUCCAACACAAAAAAAAACAGCUGCGAGUUUGAUCAUCUCUCUUGUUUUCAGAAACCAACUUAUAAAACUUCUUAGGUAUAAACCAGCCAAAAGUGUAAUGGGUCUAAUCAGUGAUGAGUACGUAAGGCUAUUAGGAGCAUGGCCUAGCCCUUUCGUGCUGAGGACUCGGAUCGCACUUAACCUAAAGCGUGUACCGUACGAGUAUCUUGAAGAAGAAGAUAGUUUAAAUUCGGAGAGCGUGUUAAACUACAACCCCGUCCACAAACAGAUCCCUAUACUCAUCCAUGGCAAUAAACCAAUCCGUGAAUCUCUCAACAUCGUCAUGUACGUCGAUGAAACUUGGCUCUCUGGUCCUCCCAUCCUUCCCUCAGACCCAUUUGAUCGUGCCGUAGCUCGCUUUUGGGACGUCUACAUCGACGAACACUGUUUCACAUCAAUCAAUGGAGUGGCGGUAGCAAAAGACGAGGAGGAAAGAAAGGCUGCGAUAGCAAAACUAGAAAUGUGUAUGGCUCUAUUGGAAGAAACGUUUCAAGAAUGCAGCAAAGGAAGAGGCUUCUUUGGAGGAGACAACAUCGGAUUCAUCGAUAUUGGUUUCGGAUCGAUGUUGGGUCCACUCAAGGUUCUUGAGAAAUUUACCGGCGUCAAGUUCAUACAUCCAGAAACGACACCAGGUCUUUUCCAUUGGGCAGACAGAUUCUACUCCCAUGAAGCAGUCAAGCCUGUCAUGCCCGAUAUCGAAAAGCUGGUCGAGUUUGCUAGGCUUAAGUUCAAUACUUCAAUCUUUAAAUGAAGACCAAAGAUUAUAUAAAUUAUAUUUAUGUACCGAAAUCUAGACGACGGGUAUAUUAUCAUAUGCUUAUAAUAAUCGAGAUCGCUGAAUAAGAUAUAGACUCGGCUAAUUUAAAGGCACGGACAAAAUAUUCUCUUGUAUUUUUUCUCUUUUUGAGAAAAGUUUUUAUUUGUUACAUUU